UGAUAGGUGAGUUGUGUUGUUGUUGUUCUGCCUCCCUGCAGAGACAGACUGUGAGGGCUGUAACGUCUGCAGCAUCUUGCAGCUGCAUCACUUCGCCGCCUGUGUGGCGCUGUCCGCACAGCCGGUGGUGCUGAAAUACUCUCCGGCUCACCCCUCCCUUCGUCUCCUUUCCUCUCACACUCGACUCUCCACGUCUCCGUCUGUGCUGCUCUGCUCUUUCUACAUAGUCUGAACAGAACAAACAGCAAAAUAUUAUUCUGAUCUUUUUUUUGUUUUUAAUCUAUUCCGAAAUUAAACAAGCUGCUUCUUUUCUAUUUAUUGAUUAAUUUAGGACCUUCGCUCCUGGAAUAUGUGGGUUUUUUUUUAAUAGAACAGAUUAAACAGCCUCCAUGUCUGUUAGUGUGUGUGGGAGAGAAAGAGAGAGGCAGGAAAAGAGAGAGAUAGAGAGAGAGCCGCAGUGAGCCCCUUUCUGCAUCAUGUGCUCUUCCCCUCCCUUUUCAUUUGCUCUACAAACCUCCAUACGGGUGUUUUACGUCAGUCGCUGUCAGAGAUCUUUUUUUGUCUAAGCUGUGCAGAGAGCUGCGAGGACGUCAUGGAGUAUGCAGGCUGCACUGACUUUGUGUCACCACGGGAAGGCAACAAAGAGCCUUGCCUUCCACAGAUGCAGGUGCAAGCUUGCAGAUGAACACCAUAAAAAGGACAGACUGAUUAAUAAAAACGAUGUUGAUUAAUAAUGCAACUGUACACGUAUUACUGUAUUUGUGCUUCUACUCUCUUGAAGUUUUAAUAGUGAAAUACAUUCUUGUGUGUAUAUAUUCAUAUUACAUAAAUAUUACAAAAGAGAUUAAAGUAAUACGUCUAAUAUGGAAUAUUAUUCCAUCUAAUAAAUUAAUUAAAUACAGGGGUUUUUUUAAUCUGUGUUAAUACGUCACAUUUGCGUGGACCUGAUUGGUGGAAAUCCCUCUGCUCUGUGCACCAAUGAUGUUAAGAGCUGUACAAAGAGAUCUACUCUGUCUCAGUGAGAAGCGUCAGCUCAGAAGCGCUACAAUGUCCUGCACAAGAAGAGACGGAUGCAGACACGAAGCAUGACUUUUACUGUUGAUUUCCAAGCCUCGUCUGCGUUGGAUUACAAACAAUAUCUUCAGUUCAGAGGUUGGGACUGGGGUGAAACGAUAUGGAGCGUGCGGGACGUGGAAUAAUGUGGAACAAAUUGUCAACAUGGCAGGUGCUUCUGUGGUGGCAUAAUUUCUUUAUCUUGUGGAGUACAAUAGACGCGCAGACUCGCUACAGCAUCCCUGAGGAGCUGAAACGGGGAUCCGUGGUGGGAAAUAUAGCCAAAGAUUUGGGUUUGCUUGUGCCUGAACUGCUUCGGCGUAAAAUGCGGAUAACCUCGGAGGCUGGUAAGCAGUAUUUUAAUGUAGACUUGGGAAAGGGAGAGCUGCUGGUGACCGACAGAAUAGACAGGGAGGAACUGUGUGGACAAAGGCCGUCCUGUUUGCUGCCUUUGGAGCUGGUUAUAGAUAACCCGCUGCAGGUGCACAGAGUUGAAAUUGAAAUACAGGAUACGAACGAUCAUUCCCCUAGUUUUCUCACCAAAGAGAAAGUGGUGAAAAUCGCGGAGUUAGUAAAUCCAGGUGCGCGGUUUCCCUUAGAGAGUGCCACUGAUCCUGAUGUCGGUGCUAAUUCUGUGCGCACGUAUCUCAUAAGCAAAAAUGAGCAUUUUAAAUUGACAGUUAAAAAUCUUAAAGAUGGGAGAAAAAUUCCUGAACUGGUGCUUGAAAAAGCUCUUGAUCGAGAGACGCAGGCUGUACACAACCUCGUCAUUACAGCUGUGGACGGGGGAGAUCCGGUGCGUUCAGGGACGUCAGAAAUUGCAGUUAUAGUGCUCGAUAUCAAUGAUAAUGCACCGCAAUUUGAAAAACAAGUAUAUGAAGCAAAUGUCAGCGAAAGGUCUGCAAUUGGAACCGAAAUCCUGCAGGUUAAAGCUUCAGAUGCAGAUGAAGGACUGAAUGGAGAAAUAGAAUAUGUGUUUGCGGAGCAAACUUCAGAUAUUACUUUAUCCUUAUUUGACAUCAACCCAUCCACUGGGGUUAUUACUGUCAAAGGGGUUUUAGACCAUGAAUCAAAUUCUUUACACAGAUUCGAUAUAACUGCAAAAGACAAAGGAAAUCCGGAAAUGGACGGGCAUUGUGGAGUGGAAAUCAAAAUAAAUGACAUCAAUGACAAUAAUCCAGAAAUAGUUGUUACCUCUUUAACAACACCCGUUCCCGAAGACUCUGCAAUUGGAACAGUCAUUGCAAUCAUAAGCACAAGAGACGCAGACUCAGGUGACAAUGGGAAAGUGACAUUAACGUUGUCACCGAAAUCCCUGUUCAAAUUAAACCCAUCGAUCUCAAAACAUUUUUCACUAGUCACAAAUGGUCCACUUGACCGUGAAAAAAACAGCCAGUAUAGUAUUAAGGUAACCGCCUCAGAUUCUGGAAAACCGCCAUUAACAAGUGAAAAAACAAUAAUAGUUCAACUUUUAGAUGUAAAUGACAAUCCACCAGUUUUCUCUCAAAAAUUGUAUACAGUUUAUGUUAAAGAAAACAAUGCUGCAGGGAUGAUUUUGUGCGCGGUAGCAGCGUCUGAUCUGGAUUCUGGUGAAAACGCAAAGAUCUCUUACUCCAUACUGGACUCUAAAGUGCAGGACGUCUCUGUCUCGUCUUAUGUUUACAUUAACUCAGAUAACGGGAGCAUCUACAGCAUGCACUCGUUUGACUAUGAGAAGCUGAAGGUGUUUCAGAUUCAGGUUCAGGCAAAGGACCAGGGCUCUCCCUCUCACAGCAGCAACGCCACUGUCCAUGUUUUCAUCCUGGACCAGAACGAUAAUACCCCCGCUGUUAUUUACCCCUCCUCCGCUGCCCUGGGCUCUCUCUCUCACCAGAGAAUGCCCCGCUCCGCUAAAGCGGGUCACCUGGUUACUAAGGUAACAGCCGUGGACGCUGACUCGGGCCAUAACGCCUGGAUCUCAUAUAGACUGGCGGAGGCCACAGACGCCUCUCUGUUCACCGUCAAUCAGUACACAGGAGAGGUGAGGACUAAACGCGCUGUGUACGAGCAGGACGACUCCUCUCAGAGGCUGCUGAUAGAGAUCAAGGACGACGGGCAACCGGUUCAGUCCGCCACCGCCACGGUGUCCAUCCUACUGGAGGACGGUCUCCAUGAACCCAUUUUAGACCUCCGACACAAAAUGUCCGAGCCCAGCAAGAAAACUGGCAGAAUCACCCUUUAUUUGAUUCUGUCUCUGGCCUCGGUGUCCGUGCUGUCUCUGGUGACUUUUCUCAUCCUGGCGGUGAAAUGCAUCAGGGGCAGCAGAAGCAGCGGGAGCUGCUGCAUGAGAAGGAGCGACUGUGAUGAUUACAAGAACCCCAACAGAAACCUGCAGAUUCAGCUCAACACUGACGGACCUAUAAAAUACGUGGAGGUCCUGGGAGGAGACAUGAUGUCUCAGAGUCAGUCGUUCAGGUCCUGCAUGUCUCCGAUGUCAGAGUACAGUGAUUUCACAUUGAUCAAACCCAGCAGCACCACAGACUUUAAAGAAGUCAUCAGUGUUCUGGACGCGUCUUUACCCGACAGCACCUGGACCUUUGAGAGCCAACAGGUGAGUCAAGGGAGCAGCAACCUUCAUGCAUAAAAUCAGUGGUUUAAU